AUGAACCUCUUUGGAAUGCUCAUGUUGGUCAUCCUCACAGGACGCCCACCAUUCUUAGGGACUGAUGGAGACGGUCAGCAGAUCACUACAUGGGCGUCCGAGCGCAUGUCCUCGGGGGACAUGGGAAGCCUCAAGGAUCCCACCAUGGACGCCCCUACAGAUGCUGUGCUGUGUGUGGCUCAGCUCGCUCUCGCCUGCACCGUGGAGCGCACUGCAGCCCGCCCGAGCAUGGCACACGUCGCCAACGAGCUGCAGGUCAUCAGGGAGGAAUGGGUGGGGAAAGAGGAGCUGAGCGCGGCUGUGAAGGUGGAUUCACGAGUGCAGGAGAUGAAGGAGGUCAAAGCCAGCGUGCUAAGCCUCAACACAGAGCUUCGCAUUAUUGAAGACAACUUGGCGGAAGGAUAG